AUGGCAAUGGUCCCGGACAGAAUUGAUAAGCUGCUGCAGGAUCCAACGGAAAGUGGGGAUAAAAACAUAGCUUUAAUGGCAGCGAAUAUCCACAUCAUAGACUACCUAAAAGAAACUAAGCAGCUGACAGCCGAAAUGAGACAAAAAGUGGUCAAAUCUCUGUGCUCUUAUUAUCAGAAGCAGCUGCUUUACAAAACUGAGGAUGGUGCAUUUAGUACAUUCGAAUCAGGACAGCCAAACACAUGCCUCACUGCCUUUGUGAUGGCAACUCUUCACAAAGCCCGAGCAUACACCUACAUUGAUCCGAAGGUCAUUCAGAAUGCCAGAAAGUGGCUGAAAUGUCAACAACGAGAUAACGGUUGUUUCAAAGUGUCAGGAAGAUUCUACAACAACGGAAUCAGGAACCCUGUUGUAAAGAGGGGCCUGCAAUGCCUGAAGGCGUGUGACAGGGACCUCAGCAACACUUAUGCCACAGCUAUGUUGGCAUACACCUUCACCAAGGCCGAGGACGUGGACACCAGUGCUCACCUCCUGCACUACCUCGAUUCUGUGGCAAAAAAUGAAGGUCCUCACCUCUACUGGUCUCAGCCAGGGCCAAAACCAUCAACCUCUCUGUCUGUGGGGAUUACCUCCUAUGUUGUUUUGGCCAAACUCUGUAAAUCCCUCUCACCUGACGCCCUAUACUCCGUCUCAAAAGUCAUACCCUGGUUGAUUGAGCAGCAGGAAUAUCAUGGCGGAUUUGGCACACCCCAGGACACUGUGUUGGCUCUCCAAGCCCUCGGCCGUUACUCUGCUCUGGUGUUCAGCGACAAAGGUUCAAGCACAGUGAAAGUUACUUCUCCCUUGGAUCACCUGGUAUUUCACGUCAAUCCAGACAACAGACUGCACCAGGAGGCGCCCCUGCACGUCCUAAAGGGAAAACACCAUGUGAGGGUGGAUGGGUCUGCAUGCGUCUCAGUACAGGUCAGUAAGGCUAACAGAAUGAUGGCAUCAAUAGGUCCGGGCUAUUUCUGCCCACAACAAAAAGGUUUAAAUUUGAAUAUUUCUCUUAACUACAUCAUCCCAUCUUAUAAGAGGACUUUCAGUCAUUUCAGCGUGGACGUAGAUGUAAAGUGUAGGCCCAACCGUCACGACAAAAAGAAAAUCAUUCUGAACCUCAAAUCCCUGUACAAAGGAGAUGGAGGUUGCACAAACAUGGCGAUACUGGAUAUUGAAAUCCCCUCUGGAUACAUCCCUUGCCCCAGGUCUUUGAAAAAUCUCAGAAGUGGUCAGCAGGUGGAGCACAUUGAACACAAGGAUCGUCAUCUUUAUCUGUACCUGAGUGAGUUAUGUAAGGACAUAGCUGUCUACCACGUGUUGGAGCUGUUUCAGGAGCAUGUGGUGCUGCACCUGAAGCCGUCCAGAGUCAGGCUCUAUGACAACCAACAUCCAUGUAAAGACACUCGGACCAUAAAACAUGGCAGCACUUUGAUUAAACUGAUUACAGAGAUCAGCAACACUAACCUUAAACUGUUCUUUCUCUUCUUUUUUCUUUCAGGGGGUCAGGCG